AGGAAGCCAAAAGGUUUCUGUUGAGUCUGAGAUAGCCGGUGCGGCUAUGGCGGCUGUACUCGCUUACACUGACCUGUUAGCAGACGAUAGUAACUACGGCCGCUACACCCUCCUCCCCUACAGCCUCCACACGCACAUGCGCCUAGACGCCACCGCUCUCCGCGCGCUAAACGUGACCGAAUCCAAAACGGACGGAAAUAGAAACUUUUCGUUAAUGGGCUUAUGAACCGGACGUGCACGGCAGGCAUGGGGAAGCGGCUGUUAAACCGGUGGUUGAAGCAGCCGCUGGUGGACGAAGAGGAGAUUAAGUUCAGGUUGGAUGUGGUGCAGGCGUUUGUGGAGAGUGCGGGUAUGAGGCAGGAGGUGCGGGGGCACCUGAGGCGCAUGCCGGACAUAGAGCGGCUCACGAGACGGCUGGAGAUGAGACGGGCUGGGCUGCAGGACGUGGUUAAGCUGUACCAGGCCAGCAUCCGCCUUCCUUUCAUCCGAGAGGUGCUUGAAACCCACGGAGGCUCGUUCCGCCCGAUGCUGCACGAGAGGUUCGGCGCGAGCCUGCUCGAUUGGUGCGGAUCGGAGCACUUAGCUAAGUACGAAGGUCUAGUGGAAGCAGCAGUAGAUUUGGAGGCCCUGCAAACGAACGGCGAGUACUUAAUAGCACCUGGUUACGAUCCGAGUCUCGGGAGAUUAAAGAGGAGAGGGAGGUUGUAGAAGCCGAAGUGCAGAAAGCGUUACAGCAAGCAGCAAACGAUUUAGGCCUUAUAGUGGAUAAAACGAUUAAAUUAGAUAAGACGGCGCAGGCGGGGUACUGCUACAGGAUAACAAAGAAGGAGGAGACGAAUGUGAGAAAGAAGCUUAAUGCGUCGUAUGUGACUCUAGAGACGAGGAAGGACGGAGUUAAGUUCACUAAUGCGAAGCUGAGGAGGCUGAGCGAGCGCCACGUGGCACUCACCGAUUCGUACAUGGCAGCACAGAGGGAGCUGGUCAGCAAAGUGGUGGAAGUGGCUCAGACGUUCAUUGAGGUGUUUGAGGGCGUGGCAUCGCUGAUCGCAGAAAUGGAUGUGCUUCAGGGCUUUGCAGAGCUUGCAGCUUCGGCACCAACGCCCUACGUCCGACCCUCCAUCUCAGGCCCGGAUGAGGGCGACAUAGUGUUGGAGGACAGCCGCCACCCAUGUGUGGAGGUGCAGGAUGACGUCAGCUUCAUUCCCAAUCACUGCCGCCUGGAGAGGGAUCGCAGCUGGUUUCAGAUCAUCACGGGGCCCAACAUGGGUGGCAAGUCAACGUAUAUACGGCAGGUGGGCGUGGUCGUCUUGAUGGCGCAAGUGGGCUCCUUCGUCCCUUGCUCCCGUGCUCACGUCAGCAUCAGAGAUGCCAUUUUUGCCCGUGUGGGCGCUGGGGAUUGCCAGCUGAGGGGAGUGAGCACCUUUAUGGCUGAAAUGCUCGAAACCGCCGCCAUCCUCCAUGCCGCCACGCCGCAGUCGCUCGUUAUAAUCGACGAGCUGGGAAGGGGGACGUCAACUUACGACGGAUUCGGCCUCGCUUGGGCCAUCUGCGAGCAUCUAGUGGACGUCACUAGGGCGCCCACCCUCUUCGCCACGCACUUUCACGAGCUCACUGCCCUUGAGACCCGGGAUGCCUCCAGCGGUGUGGCCAACUUCCACGUCAGCGCACACAUCGACGAAGCUUCCAGGAAGCUGACCAUGCUGUACAAGGUGCAGCCCGGCCCUUGUGACCAGAGCUUUGGCAUUCAUGUAGCGGAGUUUGCUCACUUCCCCCCUGAGGUGGUGGCCAUGGCCCGGGCCAAGGCGCAGGAACUGGAAGACUUUGCUCCGCCUGCUGCUAAUGCUGGUGGUGCUGGUGGUGAUGGAGCGGGUGCUGCUGAUGCUGGUGAGGGUGCUGGUGGUGCAGCUGGUGGUGGUGGUGGUGGUGCUGCUGGUGGUGGUGGUGCUGCUGCAGGAGCGAAGCGUAAGCGGGACGGAGGGGAGGAGCAGAGGGAGGGGGUGGGGCGAGCACGGCAGUUUCUGCGGGAGUUUGCAUCGCUGCCUCUUGACACGAUGACAGCAGAAGACGCCCUGAGAGCUGUAGCAGCGCAGGUGAAGGCCCUGGAGGGAGAUGCGGAGGGGAACGAGUGGCUCAGAUCCCAUCUUCUGUCAUCUAAAGCUGCUUGAAGGUCAUCUGGGGGUUUGCGUCGCUGCCUCUCUGCACAAUGGCAGUAGAGGGCGCUCUGAUGGCUGUGCCAGCACAGGUGAUGGCCCCAGAGGGAGAUGCGUUGGGAAGCGAGAGGUGAUAUGCGGAGGGGAUGUUUUUUUUCCUCGCCAAGGUGGCAGCAGUGGCUUGGCAGCUGAAGGCUAUGGAGAGGAUGCUCAAUGAAAUGAGCGGGUUAGAGCACAACUGCUGUGUAGAAUUAGAGGUGGUUUUGUCUUAUGUCUUCUGUUGUUCUUUUAUUCAGUUUAAAUUUGUACGCUUUCAGUUUAAUCGUCAAAACAUAAGUUCAG